AUGGCAUCGUCUAACGUUCUGAAGCGCCUGGCAGAGUUUGCUACUUGCGACAUCGGGGACGCUCUAGUCAAGCUAAAGCACCCCUACGGAGGUUUUCUCGAAGGAAUCACCAUGUGGUCCCCCGAGCGGCGUGCGGGCUCCGCCAAGAUUUUUGGCCCAGCGGUGACAGUCAAGAUGGUGCUAGCCAGCGACACCGCAGCCCCAACUCCGGCGCGCCACUUUGUGGACUGCAACGAAAAGGGUAAGGUCAUGUUCGUGCAGCAGCCAAAGGGCUUGUAUUCGGCGUGCUGGGGUGGCCUCAUGUCGACGCGCGCCAAGGUCCUUGGAGCAGCCGGGGUAAUUAUCGACGGCAAGUUCAGAGAUAUCGGGGAGCACCGAGAACUAGGUUUUCCGCUCUUUGCUCGGGAGAUGUCCAUUUUGGGUUCCAAUACCUUCACCAAGGCCUCCGAGAUUAACGUUCCCCUCCAGUUCAAGGGUGAUCUCUGGAUCAACCCCGAUGACCUAGUGGUGGGCGAUGCUGACGGUGUCGUCGUUGUGCCUCCGUCACUAGCGGAGAAGGUGGUAGCGCUCUGCGAAGAGCGUGCCGAGAUCGACAAGAAGACGAUCGAGGCUCUCCUGAAUGGAGCAGAGAUGGGCCCCACUAUUAAACAGCUGCGCAAGCAAUGA